CUGUCUACACCUCUAACAUGGAACCUGUUUCUGUUCCGAACAUUCUCGAUUUUGAUUGGCCAAGCGACACGUCCAUCAUGAUGUGGGUUUGCCUGAAUGAGCUGCGCGAAAUAGAGAGCCGAAGGCGGUUUGGAAUAGAGCAAAGCACAAACUGGUCAUCCGAAGCAAUGAAGGUGCAGUACGUGUGACGUUAAGCACAGGUCGUCUCGUUUAACAGGAAGGAUACAGCAGUACCUGGGAACCCAGGGAUCCACUACCUGAGUCUCAGGAGGGUGCCAAGACUCCACCUGCCAUGAGUGCCACCAAGGGAGGCCUGGUGAUAUUUACGGCCAACUCCAACCCUUCCAGCAGGGAGCUGGGAAGGCGGAUUGCAGAACGCCUGGGAGUGGAGCUGGGGAAAGUGCAGGUCUAUCAGGAAGCCAACAGAGAAACGCGGGUGCAGAUCCAGGAGUCAGUGCGCGGGAAAGACGUCUUCAUCAUCCAGACGGUGUCCAGGGACGUCAACACCACCAUCAUGGAGCUGCUGAUCAUGGUGUAUGCGUGCCGGACGUCCUGUGCCCACAGCAUCAUCGGCGUGCUCCCCUAUUUCCCCUACAGCAAGCAGUGCAAGAUGAGGAAGAGGGGCUCCAUCGUGUCCAAGCUCCUGGCCUCCAUGAUGUGUAAAGCAGGUCUGACCCACCUGAUCACCAUGGACCUGCACCAGAAGGAGAUCCAGGGAUUCUUCAACAUCCCGGUGGAUAACCUGCGCGCCUCCCCUUUCCUCCUGCAGUACAUUCAGGAGGAGAUCCCAGACUAUAGAAAUGCAGUAAUUGUGGCCAAAUCUCCAGCUUCGGCCAAAAGGGCGCAGUCCUUCGCCGAACGGCUCCGGCUGGGCAUCGCAGUGAUCCACGGCGAGGCCCAGGACGCCGAGUCGGACCUGGUGGACGGACGCCACUCCCCGCCUACGGUGAAAAACAUGGGCGCCAUUCACCCCAGCCUGGAGAUUCCCUUGCUUAUUCCCAAAGAAAAGCCCCCGAUCACCGUGGUGGGGGACGUUGGGGGGCGGAUCGCCAUCAUCGUGGAUGACAUCAUCGACGACGUGGACACCUUCCUGGCGGCAGCCGAGACGCUGAAGGAGAGGGGGGCGUAUAAGAUCUUCGUCAUGGCGACGCACGGCAUCCUGUCCUCAGAUGCACCGCGGCUCAUCGAGGAGUCCGCCAUCGAUGAGGUGGUGGUGACCAACACCGUCCCCCACGAGCUGCAGAAGCUGCAGUGUCCCAAGAUCAAGACGGUGGACAUCAGCAUGAUCCUGUCCGAGGCCAUCCGCCGCAUCCACAACGGCGAGUCCAUGUCCUACCUGUUCCGCAACAUCGGCCUGGACGACUGAGCCGCCGUCGCCGUCCCGCCACGCCUUAUUUCACCGGAACAUUUCACCCCGCGUACGCCGAGAGCCUUUUGCUCACCGGCCCGUGCACCGUAGUCCUGCUAGGCAACGUGUUUUUACCGUUCGGAUUGCAUUUCAUUCGCAGCACAAAAGCAAAAGCCAGGAAGUCACUGCAUGAAUAUGAGCACUUUCGGCAGGUUUUUGGAGAUUCACUGGCGUGACUUGGAUUCUGAUCCGAUUUGGUGGUAUUUGCAUACAGAAAAGAAAGACUUAAACCUAUGAACUCUGCCCACACGUGCCCCGCACCAUUACGCAGUGUUCACUCGGUGUUUAGCUCUGCCAUGUUAGACUUUCCCAAGAAAAAUGAACACAGAUAAAAUGAUCUCGCAAAGCUCCGGUCCUGGUGAACCUGUACAGAUCAUUUCUGCACACAUAACUUCAUUCACUCUGGAUAAGUGUCUGCUAAGGAGUUGAGACGUUGUAAGGUAAUAUCGUCUGCAAACUCAGACGUUUGACUUUUUCAGUUUUCUCCCAAAAGCAAAAGCCAUUCCUCUUGUAGAUUCGCCUUACAUAUGCAACUCAUUCCUAUUGGCUGGUUGUGGUUAACACAUACUGUAGAUCCAGCCUCAUCACUGUGCCAAAUCUGAAUGUAACGUUUAAAUAUGUGAAGAUGCUAAAUUUCUGCCAAGGACCUCACAUACUUGCUGCAUCCAUUCCUGGGCAGUCUGCCAAUCGGGCUGUGACAGCCAAUCAAAUUGCAUAUACAGUUGGCAAGCCUUCCUUUUUAACUUCAGCCAUAUUACGUGCCAAUUAGAUUUCUUGUAAAACUUUCGUAUAAUUUACUCAUGAACCAGCUGACUGAUUCAUCCUUGAGAACUGUUUAUACAGGUCUUUAGAUGUUGCUUCUGAACACAGUGAAAUCUGAGAUUUUGCGAAUUUGCAUAUAUUUGCAAGGAAAUUCAAUAUCAGCAUCUGAGAAUUCAGUAUGACUAAUCCUUAUUGGUAAAUAAAUUUGAAAUAAAUGCUGGGUCUUAAUUUCCUUAACACCAGUUGGCUCUGGAUACAACACCAAUCAUAUCUGUUACAAAAAGAUACGAAAGAUAAAACUGUGUACUAGCGGACCUAAUCGGUGUUAAAUUUUAAAUGUUAGUGAUAUGUUUGUUAACAUCAUGUAUGUUUUCAGUGUUCUAAAUAGUGCGAUGAGCAAACCCAUAGUGGAGGAAAUGCUUGUGCACAUGUGGAAAUCUACAUGUUGUCAAAUGUGCAGUAUUUAAUUAAUUAAUUAAAUUAGUUAAUUUAAUUAACACAUUCCACAAGUAUUUGCUGACAUUUUUUAUUGUAAGUUUCAUAAUCAGACUGCUUUAAGAAUAUAACCAGUGCUUUUGUAAUAGGCUUUUUGGCUGAGCUUGGUCAAAUCAGGGUAUUUAAGGUGUUGCUCAGAAAUGUUCAUCUGUCAGUGGCUCCACUUAAACUUCAUCACUUCUGUACCCUAGUAAUUUUCAUUCUGAUAACAUACUAACAAUCAACCAUCAAAUCCUUUCUUUAAUAGUUUUUUUGUACGAUCUAAUUUUGUAUUUUGAACGUGAUCUGUCAUGACAUGAUGGAUUGCGAUGAUGGUUGCAGUUCACUUGUUCUUUGUGCUGCAAAGAAAAAAGCAGGAUGUCUGUAAAAUUACUGAACCUUAAGCAGGCUUUUGUAUUUAUUCCGAACAACUCAUGGGAGAAAAAAUUAAAAUUAAGUUAAACUGA